AUGACGCCAUUCUCGCAGCUCGACAAAAUGGCGACGACGACGACGGAAAUACGCUGGCUCUGCCGAUUGCUGCUGCUCGGCGCUUGCAUUGGCGCCGCCAUAGCUCGAGUGCCGCUGGGCGUGACAAUAUUAAUUUAUAUCUUUAAUCGCUAUGGCCUCCAACUAAAUCCAACUUACAUACGACUAUAUCGCUUGACUUUUAUUGCAGACAUUACAUCUUCGUCAGUCUAUGGACGCAGUGCCCCUGAUGAUGUCGCCUUCUAUUGCCCGGAGGAGGGCCUGUUUCCCGAUGACUACGACUGUCGCAUCUACUACCGCUGUGAGAAGCGUUCCGAGCAUUAUAUCAAACCAUACAUGUUCGCCUGCAAGGAGGGCACAGUCUUCUCGCGUACCCUCCAAUUGUGCUUGCCGCCAAUGCUGGCCGGACGUGGAGAGUGCGAGCAGUAUAUAAACGAAGUCGAUGUCAGUCAGGAGACAGACAGCCAGCUGCCAUUUGAUGGGCUCGUCAAUAACCAGAAUGGACAUAAUGUGAUGCUUAAUAGCGGCGUCACACCCGCUGCCGCCUUGGCGCUGCACACCUAUGCUACUGCAAAUCAGUUGCCCACAAAUUAUGGACUGACAGGCUUGAGUGGUGUUUCAGUCAUAUCCUUUUCGAGCUCAUCAUCUUUGCGCUCUGGCGGUGAGGAGGGUGUGUCGUGCGAGGAUGAUGGAUUUAUGAGUGAUCCCAUUGACUGCACCGUGUUCUAUCGCUGCAUCUCCAAUGGACGCGGCUAUAAUAAAAUUGGUUUUCGUUGCUCGGACGGCACCGCCUGGGAUGAGUCACUACAGUCCUGCAACCAUAUAAUUAAAGUUCGUGCCAAUGGCGGCUGUCGCAAUCAGGCCGCCCCACUGAGCGAUGAGCAGAGCUCGACACAGUCAUCCCAAUCGAGCUAUCAGAAUACCACCUCGUCCUCAUCUUCCUCCAACAGUCAGCAAAGUUCAUCGACAAGCUCCUCAACAUCAUCCUCGUCUAAUAGCUCGACGUCUUCCAACAGUUCGACAAACCAAUCUAGCUCCAACCAGGAGUCAUCUACAUCGAGCAGCAAUCAGCAAUCAUCAAACUCAAACAGCAAUCAGUCCUCCAGCAGCACAGAAAGUUCCACCAGCAGCGCUCAGCAUACCAGUUCGGAAUCUUCGAAUCAAAACUCUGGAAGCAAUCAAUCCUCCAGCAAUAAUCAAAGCUCUGGUAGCAGUCAGUCUUCUAGCAACAACCAGAAUUCCAGCAGCCAAAGUUCCAAUAACAAUAACCAAAAUCAAAGCGCCAGCAGUAACCAAUCUUCCAGCAACAAUCAGAACAACCAGAGCUCAUCAAACAAUCAAUCUUCCAGUGGCUCCAACAACCAAACUAAUCAGAAUGUCAACAAACCUGCAUCAGGUGAAUGCGUGGACGAGAACACGUACAUACCAGAUCAAAAGGAUUGCGCCAAGUUCUACAGGUGUCGCUUAGAUGGCGAUGGUAAUUUAGAGAUGGUGCCAUUUACCUGUGGUCCUGGCACUGUUUGGGGUCAAGAGGAGAAAGUUUGCAUUUUACCUAGUGAAGAUCAAAAGAAGCAAUGCAAUAUACAAUCUAGCUCUUCGAGCAGUGGAAAUAAUCAAAGUGGCAACAGCACUUCCAGUGGCAGCAAUCAAUCUUCCACUUCAAGCAAUAAUAAUAACAACAACCAAUCUAACAAUGAGCAAGGAUCAUCAACAUCAAAUAGCAGUCAGCAAAGUUCGUCAGCUAGCAAUCAAGGCUCAUCCUCAUCAUCAACCUCUGGCAAUCAGAGUAGCAACCAAGGCUCGUCAUCUUCAUCUUCUUCAAACUCCAGCAAUCAAUCUGGUCAAAACUCCACAAGUUCUUCAAGCUCCCAAGCGACAACAACAAAACCCCCAACUCCUGACGGCGAGUGUGAGCAUACGGAAACGUAUUUGCCUGAUAAAAAGGACUGUGCGCGCUUCUACCGUUGCGUGGAUAAUGGAAAUGGCGGAUUUGAUAAGGUUGCGUUUGAUUGUGCACCGGGUACUGUUUGGGAUCCCGACUCAAAGGGCUGCAACCAUCCAACAGAUGUCCAAAAGGAACAAUGCAAGGCUAUGGCCAGUGGAACAGGCAGUUCAUCAAACCAAAGCUCUUCCUCUAAUCAAGAAUCAUCCUCUAAUCAAAGUUCAUCCUCGAAUCAAGGAUCGUCAUCCAAUCAAGGAUCAUCUUCCAAUCAAGGAGCAUCUUCAAAUCAAGGUUCAGCGUCCAAUCAAGGAUCUUCCUCUAACCAGGGAUCGUCUUCUAAUCAAGGAUCAUCUUCCAAUCAAGGAUCGUCUUCCAAUCAAGGAUCGUCUUCCAAUCAAGGAUCAUCAUCCAGCCAGGGAUCAUCUUCUAAUCAAAGUUCUUCGUCGAGCCAAGGAUCGUCAUCUAACCAAGGCUCGUCCUCCAGUCAAAGUUCGUCAUCCAAUCAGGGAUCAUCUUCUAAUCAAGGAUCAUCUUCAAAUCAAGGAUCAUCAUCUAACCAGGGAUCGUCUUCCAAUCAAGGAUCGUCUUCCAAUCAAGGUUCAUCGUCCAAUCAAGGAUCUUCCUCUAACCAGGGAUCGUCUUCUAAUCAAGGAUCAUCUUCCAAUCAAGGAUCGUCUUCCAAUCAAGGAUCAUCAUCCAGCCAGGGAUCAUCUUCUAAUCAAAGUUCUUCGUCGAGCCAAGGAUCGUCAUCUAACCAAGGCUCGUCCUCCAGUCAAAGUUCGUCAUCCAAUCAGGGAUCAUCUUCUAAUCAAGGAUCAUCUUCAAAUCAAGGAUCAUCAUCUAACCAGGGAUCGUCUUCCAAUCAAGGAUCGUCUUCCAAUCAAGGUUCAUCGUCCAAUCAUGGAUCCUCAUCCAGUCAAGGUUCAUCGUCCAAUCAAGGUUCAUCGUCCAAUCAAGGAUCUUCCUCUAACCAGGGAUCGUCUUCAAAUCAAGGAUCAUCAUCUAACCAGGGAUCGUCUUCCAAUCAAGGAUCGUCUUCCAAUCAAGGUUCAUCGUCCAAUCAAGGAUCAUCGUCCAAUCAAGGUUCAUCGUCCAAUCAAGGUUCAUCGUCCAAUCAAGGAUCUUCCUCUAACCAGGGAUCGUCUUCAAAUCAAGGAUCAUCAUCUAACCAGGGAUCGUCUUCCAAUCAAGGAUCGUCUUCCAAUCAAGGUUCAUCGUCCAAUCAAGGAUCCUCAUCCAGUCAAGGUUCAUCUUCCAAUCAAGGUUCAUCGUCCAAUCAAGGAUCUUCCUCUAACCAGGGAUCGUCUUCAAAUCAAGGAUCAUCAUCCAGUCAGGGAUCAUCUUCUAAUCAAGGCUCAUCUUCCAAUCAAGGUUCAUCGUCCAAUCAAGGAUCAUCUUCAAAUCAAGGAUCAUCCUCUAACCAGGAACCAGCCACAACAACAACUCAGAAGCCAUUUAAACCGGCAGAGAAAUGUGAGAGUGAAGAAACAUUCCUAGCUGACAAUGAAAAUUGUUCGAAAUUCUAUCGUUGCGUUGACAACGGAAAGGGUGGCUUUAUGAAAGUAUCAUUCACCUGCCCACCAAAUACCAUUUGGCAUCCCGAAGCCAACAGCUGUAACCAUCCAUCGCAGAUUGACAUGCAGAGUCUGAAGUGCAAGCGAGUCAACAAUAACCAAUCUUCCACUUCAUCCACCACAGAACAAACGACAUCUUCAAGCUCUCAAUCUAGCAACAAUAUAAGCUCUACAACAUCCAGCUCAAGUAGCUCUAGUUCCACACCGUCACCAAAGCCUUCUGGCAAUUGUAAUGUUAAUGGUCAGUUCCUAGGAGAUGAUAAAGACUGUGCCAAGUUCUAUCGCUGUGUGGAUAAUGAUAGAGGUGGAUUCUAUACGGUAGCCUUUUCUUGUCCCCCCGGAACUGUAUGGGAUGCUCAGAUUGAGGCUUGUAAUCAUGCCUGGGCCGUUAAAGAUAAAAGCUGUGGCAACAGCGUCACCACACAACGGCCAGUUUCAACCGCCACUACCCCUAGUCAAGGUUCAUCGCAAUCCUCUGGCACAACAACAUCAGCCAUAAUACCGACAACGCAAAGACCAACCCAAAACCCGAGCACAACAACAGGAAAACCCUCAACGCAAAAGCCAACUACCCAAAAGCCUGUUACGCAAAAGCCAACGAGCUCAACUGCAAAUGUGAAGUGUACAUCUGAGGGCUUCAUUGGCGAUCCAGACAGCUGUUCUAAAUUCUAUCGCUGCAUUAGCAAUGGCAAGGGAGGCUUUGACCAGGUGGCUUUCCAUUGUGCCGCUGGCACAGUUUGGGACCAGGACCUACAAACCUGCAAUCACGACUUGAAUAUGUGCAACCCAAUACCUGAAGAUGGCCCAGUCAAUGCUACAACAGAGUCUGAUAAGGGCCCAUGUGACAAUACCACAGAGCAGCCUACUUCUACAGCUGUGCCAGUGACAACGAACUCACCUAUCACCUCGGAGCCAAAUACGACAAAUGGUCCAACUGAACCAGCCACGGAAUCAACAACAGAUAGGCAGACCACAACCAGUCAACCCACAACUAACCAACCCAUAACUAACCAGCCUACUACAAGUGUUCCAUUUGAGCCGACAACUACUUAUCAACCUCCAACGACGCUAUGGACAACGACAAGCAAACCAACAACAACUGAAAGUCAACCCACAUCAUGGACAACGUCCACUCAAUCUUCUUCAGGUGAAACAAAUCCUCCAACCACAACGAUAAUGCCCGAAACUACAACCAAGGUGCCCAAUUUACCACCUGGCACCGAGUGCAAGGGCGAAGGAUUUAUGCCUGAUCCCAACAAUUGCCGAAAAUUCUACAGAUGUCAAAAAACAGGUGACUCAUACUCGAAGCAUGAGUUCAUGUGCGCAAAGAAUACAGCUUGGAAUGCAGACAUACAAACGUGUGAUCAUGCGCAGAAUGUGCCGGGAUGUUCAGGUCAAACGGAAGCUCCAAACGAGACAACAAAUCCAACCGUAACUACAACCGAAAUUACUUCAACAGAGCCAACAACAGUACCACCAACGAAGCCAACAACAGAACCACCAACGAAGCCAACAACAGAACCACCAACGAAGCCAACAACAGAACCACCAACGAAACCAACAACAGAGCCAACAACAGAACCAACAACAGAGCCUCCAACGAAACCCACAACAGAACCACCAACGAAGCCAACAACAGAACCACCAACAAAGCCAACAACAGAGCCACCAACUAAGACAACAGAACCACCAACAAAACCGACAGAGCCACCAACCAAACCCACAGACUACACGGAGAAACCAACGGAUACUCCAACAAAACCCACGGACUAUCCAAUCAGCAAGCCAACCACAGAAAUGUACCCAGGAACAACUGGAUUUACAACAUCAAUGCCAGGCUAUUCUCCAACUACCACUGAAGAAAAUACUGGUACUACUAUGGAGCCGUCAGUCAACUUUAAAUGUCCAGGUGAAGGUUUCCACGCUGAUCCUGAGGAUUGCAGCAUUUACUAUCGCUGCACCAAGAACAAGGAUAAUUAUCAAGUAUAUAAGUUCCGUUGUCCAAAAGGCACAGUUUGGGACACGUCGCUGGAUACAUGCAACUAUGCCGAUCAGGUAUCAGGUAACUGCUCCUCUGGCAGCAUGACUUCAACAACAAAACCGAGUGGAACAACAACACCAUGGACAGAUAUGCCUACAAGCACAAUUAUACCGGUGACAACACUUAAGCCAGAAACAACAACCAACACAGAAACUACUACAGGUGGACCAGUUGACACGACAACUACAAAUAAACCAGUGGAGGUAACUACAAAUAAGCCAGUGGAUACAACUACAUAUAAACCAAUCGAGACAACUACCGAGCAGCAACAGAAACCAAAUCCUGAGCCGUCUAGCAACUCAAGUGCUCCCUGUCCACCAACUACUGAGGAUCAAAGCUUGUUUGUCUGCCCGUCUGGAUUCCGUCGGCAUUCUAAACAAUGCGGAGUCUUCUACCAAUGCAAUGAAAACUCAGAUUCGAAUCUGAAUAUUGUAUUAUUCCAAUGUCCCAAUGGUACCGUCUAUCAGGAAUCAUCAUGUCGUUGUGCCAAGCCGGGACCCAAUGACACCUGCUACAACAAGGGAUCAUCACGCACACAGCUGUUUGAGGAGGAAGCGCAACCACUUAACUUGGUGCCAAUUCAUUCGACAGAGCCUCUUUGUCCAGAAGAGGGACACUUUGCACUGAAUCAGGAUGAAUGUAGCCAAGUAUUCGUGAAAUGUGGCUACUCGCAGCAAACAGGCCACAUCGAGGGACAAAUAUAUCGCUGCCCGCAAGGCUUCGCCUAUUGGAAUGUCAGCCGUCGUUGCGAGCCAGCUAGAAAGCUUAGCAGCUGCAUUCCAUCUACAUACAAUGUGGGCGAUAGUGUGCCUCUGGAGUGGGUCAACAUCGGACACAGACGUCGCAGUCUGCGCAUCUAAAACAUAUACAUACAUUUUAAUAAAUCGAUAGCGUUAAUAUAGAAAUUGUAAAAGGCAAUCGCAAUUGUUUGCUGCGCACGCUUCCAGAUUCGAGCAGCUUGCGCAGCAAAUGACGAGCCAAAAGAC